CAACUUUACUUUUUUAUCUUUUGGACGAACUAAUUCGGAUUCUCCAAAGCUUUUUAAAUUCUGAGCUAUUCUUGUCUGUAAUUCGCCAUGCCCAAAGGCCAAGCUCAUCCAAUUUCAUGUUCUAUCCCCGUCUGGGGGAUCUCUCUAGAACCUCAAUUCAGAAUACUUAGAUUAUGCAAAAAUGGGCAACAAAGAGAAAAUCUUGGAGUACAGACAAAGGCUUGAUAAGACACUAGCAUCUCAUGAUCUUUCAAAUGAGGAAGCUAUUAAGUGCCGUCUCAAGAAUGAACUCCUACAUUCAUCGCCAUCUGAGAAUCAGGACUAUGUUGAACAUAUUGUGGACAAAAGUGGGAAACAAGUCUUGAAUAGUCUUGACAUGUUGAGGAGUGUGGAAGAUGGCGACUGGAAGAUGAAACAAGAUACUGAUGAGUAUCGUGUAAUGUAUCGAGAAGGACCUCAAGGGACUCCAUUGCAUUCACUACUUGUUGAAGGAUUUGUUGAUGGGCCUAUGGAUGUUUGUGUAUGUCUUGGGUGGGAAGUAGGCCUAUUUCAUAAAUGGUGGCCUCAGUUCAACUUUCCUACUUUCAAAAUCAUAGAAUCUAAAUGUGUCCAAAAGGUUCGAAUAGGCGAACAGAUUGAUUUGGUCAGAAUGAAGUGUGCCUGGCCUUUAUCAGCUAGAGAGGUUGUUGUGCACUGUUUUGAAGUCGAAUUUUUAGAAGAUGAUCUUCUCAUUUUUGUUCUGAAUUCGGUGACUGAUACAGAGAGUGUUGAUAGAAGUACACAUGGGUUCACCAAUGAUGGGAUACCUAAAGCAAAGGACGUCGUGCGCGCAGAGCUGGUAGGAGGCUUUGCCUUGCAAAAGGUUACCUCUAACAGAAGUUACUUUCGGAUAAUAGUGACAAUGGAUAUGAAGCUGGAUUUUGUUCCCCCGUCACUUAUUAAUUUUUUGUCAAGGCAGAUCAUAGGCAGUGGUUUUGAGCUCUAUAAAAAGGCCGUUGCAUCCGUGGCUAAAGGUGAUGAGGAUUUCGGCAAGGCCUUAAAGGACACAUUGUAUGUUCGAAUACGUGAAGGUUUGAAUCAGGAGAAAGGAUUGAAGAUAAAUUCUGAACCAAAAGUACUAGUGGUUGAGAAAUCUGCAGACAAGUGCGAUGGAAAAUCUGAAACUGAAAGUUUACCAGCUGAUGCAACAGUUACAGCCAAGUCUUCUCUUGGUGAUAAUCUGGUCAUUCGAUGUAAGCAGGAAGCUACCUCCGUUUCAGGUCAGACAUCUCAACAUGAGAUUGAGGACGAGGAGAUUGAACAGCGUAAAAAAUCUGAAGAGGCAGGACAUGGGAAUGAACCUACUGACCAAUCUUCAUCUCGUUUAACAGGGGAACGGAUUAGCAAAGAGAAGAAGGUGUUUAUCAGUCCAGAGGUUGAACAUGCUCUUGGCAUAUUGGACAAUGUCAUUUCAAUGGUCAGGGGAAGUGGAAUUAUCAACCAGACUUGGUCUGGAUUAGGCUCUUCCAAUCAAAAGCUAGUAAAUUCUCGAACGACACCUCAAGAUCAUUCUGGCGGUGUAAUUUGUGUUAAAGCCCUCAAUACAGAUAAAAGGGAUGCCAAUUUGAGCAAAGACUAUUGUGAAGUUGCUAUCGAAGUCGAUGGUAGUAACAUUAAUGGUGGUGAAAAAUCCAGGCAAAGAAAGCACAGGUUGUGCUGCUUCCGCUCUGCUACAGAUCACUAGAGAAAAAUCCAGGCAAAAAAGUUGUUUCGGAUAUGUGGGUGGAUUGAGCAAUUUAUCAACCAAACCAAAUUCUUUCGCUUCUCCAGCAAUGUAUGUCAUAGUUUUUCAUGCAAGCAGUGGUCUGGUAAUAAUAUCCAUUUUGAAGCUUUACCUAGUUAAAGAAUCUGUAACCUUAAAACGCCUCUUUAAUACUGUCAACAAUAUCAAAAAUCAAACCAAAAUCCGUUCCUCAAAGUAAACUGUUACAUCUUGAGGACACAGAAGAAACCAGGAAAAUGUUUAAAUA